AUGUGGCUGACAGUGGACAACGUGGACCAGCAACAAACUAUCAACACCGUAGAAAAGCCCCUGGAUCUCAUCAGGCUCAGCCUGGAUGAGCAAAUUUAUGUGAAAAUGAGAAAUGACCGAGAGAUUCGAGGCAGAUUACAUGCAUAUGAUCAACAUUUAAAUAUGAUAUUGGGAGUUGUGGAAGAAACUGUGACUACUAUAGAAAUUGUUGAAGAAACAUAUGAAGAGAUAUAUAAAUCCACAAAACGGAAUAUUCCGAUGCUUUUUGUCCGGGGAGAUGGUGUUGUCCUAGUUGCUCCUCCAUUAACAGUUGGCUGAAACAAAGAAUUUAUCGUGUAUGGAAUAUAGAUUUUGUAUGAUUGCCUCUUUCAAUGUAGAAGACAUCCAAAAGAGAAACCUGCAUUCAUUUUGAUAUUAAGAAAUGACCAAGGAUUCUUCCACUCCUGAAAUGAGUUGAUUUGCAGAUAACUCAAAAAUUCUUUUUUUUUUAAUUUAUUUUUUUAAAGAUUUAUUUAUUUGUUUAUUCAUGGAGAGAGAGAGAGAGGCAGAGACACAAGCAGAGGGAGAAGCAGGCUCCAUGCUGGGAGCCCGACAUGGGACUCAAUCCCGGGUCUCCAGGAUCACACCCUGGACUGAAGGCGGCGCUAAACCACUGAGCCACCCGGCUGCCCUAACUCAA